CCGAACAAUCUGUCGGACGUGAUUCACAUGAAUUUGGCGUGGAAUGAACCAAAAAAAAAAAAAAGGAAAGAAGAAGGCGGAAGAAAUAGAAUUUCUGGUUACGGUUGGAGCGUCAAAACAUUGUCCGGAACAAGAGAAUUUCGUUGUGUUUCAGAGUUCUCUCUCGCGCCCUCCAUUUUGGUUUUUGACUCUUCAUUUGGGAGUCGAUCGAUUUCGUGGGUCGGUCGAUUUUUACUCCUUCGUCCCCCGAUCUCUCAUCUGCUCAAGGUCAGUCUACCGACUCUGAAUCUCAGUUCUUCUCGAUUCGAUUUCAAUCUUGCUGUUCAUAUUUGCUUCGAUUUGAUGUUGGGGAAAGGGAGGUUGCGAGUAAAACGUGCUUAGGAAGGAAUUUAUCGGAUUGGGAUUGCUUGUUUAUUGAUGAUAAGUGUUUUAGUUCUGUGGAUUGAUUUGCGGGAAUUUGGUAUUCGAGAAACUCGAUUAGUUCCCCGAUCUAGAUGCGUAAGGUUGCAAUAAUGGUGGUCUAAUUGAGUGACCCGACGUAUUUUUUUGUUGAAUUUGUGAGAGAUUUCAUUUUCCCGACCAUAAGUUGUUGACUUUAUUUGAUCUUCUCCUAAUCUAGUUAAGUCUUGGAAAAUUUAAGUUCAAUUAAUAAUUUUUUUAGGGUGUUGUCUCUUUUUUGGAUGUUGAUUCUGGGUUACUUGAUUCUGUCGAAGAAAUGGGAUCCACCUAUGGAGGGCUUUCUGGGUUCAUGAAUAAGACGCCAGUUCUUGCUUAUGGUGUUGAUUUUGCUAUUGUAUAUGUGUGUGUGACUUAUAAGGAAGCUUGGAUUUGGGGUUUUCUCCAGAAAUGGCUAGUGGGUUAGGGGAAUCAACCAGCAGGCCGCCCGAAAGCCCUUCCUUUCCUAGCAGCAGCAACAGCAAUGGCGAUGCAGGCAACUUCGAAUGCAAUAUCUGCUUCGAUUUAGCCCAGGACCCUAUUGUAACUCUGUGUGGUCACCUCUUCUGUUGGCCAUGUCUCUACAAGUGGCUCCAUUUCCACUCUCAGUCUCGAGAGUGUCCUGUUUGCAAGGCGUUAGUUGAGGAGGAGAAGCUGGUUCCUUUGUAUGGUAGGGGGAAGACAUCUACUGACCCGAGAUCAAAGUCCAUGCCUGGUGUUAAUAUCCCGAACCGUCCAUCUGGGCAGAGGCCCGAGACGGCUCCUCCACCAGAACCAAAUCAUUUUGCUCAGAAUGGGUUUGGGUUCAUGGGAGGUUUUGCACCUGUGGCGACUGCUAGGUUUGGGAGUUUUACGCUUUCUGCUGCUUUUGCUGGCCUCAUCCCUUCACUCUUCAACCUACCUGUUCAUGGGUUUCCACAUGCUGCUAUGUAUGGUGCUGCUAGUGGUUUUCCUUAUGGGUUCACUAAUUCGUUCCACGGUGGUCAUGCGCAUACGUAUCCACCAGAUCAUGGACAAGGCCAACAAGAUGUCUAUCUCAAAAGGCUUCUUUUCUUAGUUGGUUUCUGUGUUCUCUUUGCUCUGCUCUGGAAUUAGAAAUAAAUUUGUGUCCAUGAUAGCUUAAUUGCUAACAGAUGCUGCUAGGUUGUCAACUAGUUUGUCCACGUAACUUUUCUAGUCUGUUAUCUGAUUCAGAAAAUCCCCACCUUCACUCUGGUGCCAAGGCAAAAAUGUCCAUAACUGCGGUGUUCACUACUCUUGUAGCUUCUUUCCUUUUUCUCUUGCACCGAGUAUGCUGAGUGCAGAUUCACUGUUAUUUCUUCAGCUUCCCUUAUGUUGUACGAUCUUUGGAUGCAUCAUGUUGGUGGAGCCAGAUGUUUGUGGCUUUUGUAAAUUCAUUUUUCAUUUUCGUGACAUCCUUAUUACUUAGGACCUCGCUUGUGAGGUCUCUACUGAUUUCUUUGCUUCUAUGAUGUGAAUUUCAAUCUGGUAUAUCUUCAAGAUAACUUGCACUAUAGCUUACGAUCGUUCUAUACUUUAUAGACUAUCUUUUGGGACUAGUAGGCUUUGAUCUUUUCCUUGCUUCAUGGUUUUUGUUGUCAUUGCAUAUUCACAUUCCUAUCUUUGGAUGAUCCACGAUAGCGUCUUCUCAUAAUUAGGACUUCCGGAGCAUUUCAUUAAUCUGCUGCAUAUUGACAUUUAGUUUUCAGUUUUUCAACUUAUCAUGGAUGUACUAGUACAGGAGGUUUGUGUCCCUUUUGAGGAAGGAUGAGCGUUAUUGUCUCCUACACAGACCAAGAGAAUGUCUUUGACGAGUUAUUUCCAGCCUUCAGACUCCCAAAAAUAUCUUCCCGGGACAGAGGUUGGGCUGUGAAUGGAAGUGUUAGCAGGAUUUGCGCUGAUGAGGAGUUGCUGAGAUCAGGUUAGUAGUCAUCUUUUACUGCCUUUUGUAACUGUUUAGGGACAAACCACACAUGAAUAAGUGGAACAGAUUUGUCCUGUUGUAGGGUCCCAAAAAGAUAGUGCUAGUUCCUUAUCAUUGCAGUACCAUAUGCCUGAAUUGUCUGGUAGCUAUUGAAUCUUUCAGUACUGGCGGGUGCCUUUCUUUUGCCUCGCUUUCUUCAAAAACUUCAGCAGCAGUAAUGGAAUGAUUCCCAAGUCACCACUUGCUCCUAGGAUGCCCUUCAAAUUUAGGAAGAGUGGCCCCGUUUGUUCAGGAUUUUUUUCCAUCUUGGAGCACAUGGGUUGUUACCUGGGUUCAGAUUAUUAGUAUUUGUGUUCAGAUUGGUACAGAGAACAGUCCCUACUUUGCUUUUACAGCUAUUAUUGGGGAUCAUUGAUCCUAGAUAAAGCUUCCAUGUUGUAGUAUGGAGGAUUGCUGGCUUCCUCUUUUAAGUGCCUACCUGAGAGAAGCACUCCCACAGUCCCACUGUAUUGCUUUUGGGUCUAUUUUACAAGUCACAACUUGCCAACUUGAAUCUCUUGAUUUACCAUUCUUCUAGCAACCUUUUUAGGUGAAUCAUAUGCUUUGCUGCGAGGAGCUAAACAGGCAUUUUGCUGGGAGUUGAGGAAUGAUACUGUUGUAGUAAGUUAGCACAGGGAGGUAUCAGAGCAGAUAGAUUGGUUUACGUUCAACUGGGUUUAGACCAGCCAUGAGUCAGAUCGUGUUGUCUAGUUGAGUCGGGUAUACAAGCCUGUUAACACAAUGAUCCGCGACUCUGAAUUACGAGUCGGUUGAAAUUGGGUUGCUCCGCCGAGGCUGCAGAAGGAUUGCUAGGUUGUUAGUGUCGCAAUGCUUUCCCUUUUAGUUGGAUUCUGGGUUUGACUUUCAUAUUGCAAUGCAAAAUCAGCAAGCACUGAACUUUGAUGGGAAAAGUUGAAAGUGCUUAAAUUUUGCUGCUUUCCGAGAGUUGUAGACUAUCUUGUGAGUGUUGUCGGAUUUCUUUGCGGCCAAAAGAUGAUAAAUAAUGUUUACUACUAAAAUUUAUGGUUGGGAGAAAGUCGGCUGGAAUUUAUGAAAUUCAAUCCCGGCAUGUUCAGGUUAAGACUAUAAUGUGGAUCACCUGAUGACUAUUUCUAGCUAGUUACUGGUCUUGUCUUUGUGAAUGAGGUUUGCGUGCGUCCUAUCGAUCGAGUGGUCAUUCGCCCGUUGAAAUGAGAUCUAGAUAUCAAUUUUUUACUCGAGGUAUGUCAUACCUCAAGUUUAGAGGAAAUGGCCGAACAAUUCAAUUACAAAAAAAUAUAAAAAGAACAUGCUAUAUUCCAUAUACAAUCGGAUUACCGAUGAACAACCUAUUCUGCUAUUAAACGAGUAGCUCUGAUAAAGCUCAAGAGAGCUA